AUGAGAAACCUGCAGUAUGAAGACACUGGAACUUAUUGGUGUGUUGUGGAGAUUGGAGGAAUAUUUCAACUAGAUGAGAAUGAGCAGCUUCAUCUGACAGUUCAAUCAGCUCCUGAUGUGUCUGUGGUGAGCAGCAGUGUAUCUGGACAUGAAGGUGGUGAUAUCAGUGUUCAGUGUUUCUAUAGUUCUGGAUAUAAGGAUAAACUCAAACAGUGGUGCAGAUAUGAAGAUCAGAGCUGUUACACUGUGGGGAGGACUAACACAUCCCAGAAUUCAUCAGUCCAGAUCAGUGAUGAUGGGAGAAGAUCCUUCACUGUGCUGAUGACUGGACUGAGACUGACUGAUUCUGGCUGGUACUUCUGCUCUGUAGGAGAUCUGCAGGCUCCUGCUCAACUUAAUGUCUCUGAAGCUGUGACCACAGAAGGAUUUGCGAGAAACAGGCAUUUUUUGUAUCUGGAGGUGUGGAUUCCAGCGUUUGUGCUGCUGAUGGUGAUUAUCGUGUCAGCUGUAAUACUGAGGAAGAAGCACAACGGAAAUGAACACGUCACAAAGGUGAACAGAGUCGGAGCCAGUGACACAGGAAACGGUGCCAGUACAUCUUCAGUGCUUGCAGAGAAUGUGACUUACACCUCUGUGAUAGUACAACCUAAAACUAAAGCAAGCAGUCCAGUAUCUGUGGAGGACGAAGUGACCUACAGCUCUGUGCACAAGGUGAAGACCACUAAAUACCUGAGCAAAAUAUGAACAACUGAAGUUGAAACAAGC